AUGGUUGCUGAGAACAAAGAGCUCGUUUGUAUGGAUGCUGAGAACAAGGAGCUCGUUUGUAUGGAUGCUGAGAACAAGGAGCUCAAACAUGGUAACACUAAGUCACAAGCGGAUUUAUUAAAUCUUAUUUUAUUGACAGCCGUUUGCUUUGCGCGGGAGCCUGAAUGUUCGAGGUUUCACUAUGAGGAAAAGUUGUUAGAAAAAGUGAUCAGAUCGGAAAUCAAGAUGGAAGCGUUCGGCGAUUCAUUGAAGGAGGCAACUAGCUCCAUGGAUGUACAAUCGCAGAAGAUUGCAGAACUAACAAACACAGUUCAAAAGCAUCAAGGAGAAAUUAAAUCACUGAAGACCGUACACGGAAUGACAAGUGGUUUAUAUACGAGAUGGGGUCGGCGGUCGUGCCCUGGAACCACAGAGCUGGUGUACGAAGGGUUUGCUGGCGGUGGAUAUUACACGCACGAAGGAUCGAGCAGUAAUUACAUUUGUCUGCCGCAGGACCCCAUAUUCGACAGCGAUGGGCGAAAAGCAGGUCAAGUUAACAAGGUAUACGGUGCUGAGUAUGAAACUGUUUCUGCAACAUUUCACACAAGUUUACAUGACGAAGACGUCCCAUGUGCCGUCUGCCGUGUUAUAGGAAGAAACGUUGUCAUGAUCCCAGCGAGGAAUGCCUGCUAUAGCGAAUGGCAUACGGAAUACUCUGGCUAUUUGAUGUCGCAGUACCAAACUCAUGCUGGGAACAAAGAACUCAUUUGCAUGGACGGAAACCCUGAAAAGGCGGAAGGAAGUGAUGGUGGUGAUCAAAAUGGUGCGCUGUUUUACUUUGUUCAAGCUGUCUGUGGCUCGUUAAAGUGUCCUCCAUAUAGCGCGAACAAGGCGUUAACCUGUGUGGUUUGUUCUAAAUAGAACAUUUCAAAACUUCCUUUAUUGCGCAAAUAAAGCGCCAUCAAUAAAAUAUUGCACGUUUGAAUCCUCAGCGAGGAUCGAUUAUUUGAAUACAAACUUAUAAACCUUUAUCAGCAAUUUGUGUUAUUGUUAAAAGUUUGGUUUGCUUGUACCGUUACUAUUAACAUGUAUGUGACUGCUUUAUAUGGAUAACUCGGAAUGUAAAAACAUAUGUAUAUACAUAAAGUAUAAAUGUACGUGAACGAUGUAUUCCUGGCGACCACAAAUUAUGUUGGUAGCAUUUGAAAGGUAUUUAUGUGUAAUAAAGGAAUAUUUAAAACUCUUAAAGAAGCAAUAUUACAAACGCUUUCGAUUUAAGGGAAAACACGCGUCCAAUUUAAAGUUAAAUAGCAGGAAUACGAACUGCAUUAACUUGUUCUAUAAUAAUUUAUGUUUUUUACAUAUUGUUUAUCAACAGUAAAUGAUGCCUUUUCAAUUGAUAUAAAAAAGAAAUGGGGUCAUCAGGCACACAACUUCAUGAUUUAACAUUUUCACGUCAUGCAUAUACCCAGAUGAAGUGGAGAACAAAACCAAGCCGGAACAUGAACCUGUACAAGUAGCGUAAGCAACCUUACUAUUGCGACGAGUAAUCGAUACAUACUAAAACUAAGUUUAACGAUACGCUCACAUGACAUUGAAAGGGAAAAUUUGUUAAGAACAAACUGUGAUUGUUUUUCAACUUCUAAUAGAUAUUAUCUUACGAAAUUAAAUCAAAACAGUAUAUAUGGUCGGCACAUAUGGUUGACAUAUGAAUUUUUGUCAGCUUGUACAAAAAGCUUUUUGCCCAAAUAACUCUGUUUUACA